UAACGGUUUGGAAAGCUGCUUCUCCGCGUUGACAAUGGAGGAUCCAAGUUGUGAAAACGUUAAGAAAGGAGAUUGUGCACUCCUGGACUUUGAUGCUUGAAGAUCAAGCAUGUGGCUGCUGCUGAGUGCUUGUUGUUGCUGCCUGCUAGAGAGUUGUUGUUGCAUCCAGCUUGUUGUUGCUACUAGGGCUGGAAGUUUGGUACCGGUAUUUGGAAUAUACCGAAUACCGUACCGAAUUUGUCUAUAUUUGGUAUUACCAAAUACACGUAUUAUUUUGUGGGAUUGGGAUUGUGAUUGAAUUUCAAUUGUUAUUCGGUAUUAGGGAUUACGGGAUUGAGAUCGGUAUAUACCGAAAUACCGAUCAAUACCGAAAUAUA